GUCGCUCACAACACACGAUACCCUAUGGCGAGGUGCAAAGUGAAUACGAUCAUGCUUCAUCUGCACGCAAGCAAUGAACCUCAGCGCCCUGCAUACUACCAAAAACUCGUGAACGACGUUGUUGAGCACAUGGCGCUUUUGCCCGGCAGAGGAAUGCCUCGCUUGGAUGGCUACCUGCGAGCUGUGCUCGAUACCAACAAGGCUUCGAGCGACGAGGCAAUCUACUCAAACUUCGUUGGCUAGUGACAUUCCCUAUCUUCUUUCUUUGCAUAUGGUUGCUGUACAGUCUAUGCUGAGGGCGGAGGCAGCUGCCUUCGUGCCUCGCAUGCAGCGUCCUAAAGAUGGUGUAGAGAUUCAUCCGGCCGAGAAGGAGAACUUAAAUCUGGUUCCCCAGGAGGCGGAUAGAGAGGAAGUAAUGGAGAAAGAAGUUUCAGUGAUUGUUGAUUCUGAGGCCACUGAUGACAUGGAAGAUAUGGACGAAGCGGUCACAUCUCUCACAUCCCUCGACCUUGUGCCAGACGAGUCUCUUCGCUCCAACGGGCCAUCGGAAGAGCAGGCCUUGGCAGCUCGCACGAUUCAGUAUGCAUAUCGAUAUCACGUUUGGCGACGUUCAGGCUCUGCUGUAGAUGCACAACUCCAUGCGAUAUCCACGACAUGCCUCAUGGAGAUGCAGUCCUCUAAAUGGCGUCCAAGUUAUUAUCGCAUUGUGCUAACUCAUGCUGCCAAAAUAAAGACGAAAGACCCUUUCAACACCGAGUCUCAUGAAAAGCUUGAGGAGUUGGGCAGGCCGAGAAGCGAGAUCACGUCAGUUGCUCCUAAAAAAGGCAUGCAAUUGCGCGGUAAGCUAGAGCCUUCUUCACCAGAUCAUCAUACCCGGGACAUCGACGCUCUCAAAUGCGCGAAAAUUCCCGGCAGCACGAUGGAUAUGCAAACUAAGUUCCAGAUGGCUUAUAAGGGAAUCGUUGCAGAGAAGAAACUAUUUCACGUGCGAAAUGAGAGACCUGUUCUCAACGUCGAGGACCUAGAUCCCAUUGUUUGAAUAGUAGUCGUUCUUUCUUUAUUAUCUCCAACUUGCAAAUAGGA